UUUAAUCGGGCGAGAAACGAAAUACGAAACUAGAUAUUUAGUUAAUCUACGCGAAUCAGACAAAUUAUCAAUAGCAAAACAUGAUUAACUUAGAGAACGGCAGAAGGAGCAUUGCGCAUUUUCGCAGAAGUGUCUAUGGGGGCGAUGAGGUCGACUUCAUCGACAUUUUCCAAUACGAUAUGGAUGAGGACGACCACAAGCAAAUGUUAUCUGUAAUGAGGGACUCUAUGAUGCGCUUACCGGGCACGUUUCGCAGCGGAAUUUUGGACAAAUUCGUGGAUGAUCAUCCUUCUCUACGAUGGACCAUCGACGAGGAUGAAGUAGAAACUGCCUCCGGAUAUACUUUUGAGAGUUUAAUUCCGUCACGCUGGAUUUUAAUACACGAUGAAUUCGACAGACAGUUGCGCUCAUUUUCGAGCACUUUCUCCAUACGCGAUCCGGAUAAGUUCUGGAGCAUUGUACAGCAUAAACAACAACCGCAUUACGAAAUGGCACGUACGCUCGCAAUCGAAAAAUUGGCUAACGACGUCAAUACGUCUUUGUACAUGAUUUACAAACUAAAUAAUUGCAAAAAUAAGAACUUCAACCUGGAAGACUACGACCAUUUUCAAGUUUUCAGUUGGACUGACGAUCGUUUCCUCGCCAGGCGCCAAAUGAAAGGCGUUGCUUGGGUGGAUAUUUUCAAAAAAUCACUCACGGAAAAUUGUUUGGACGCUUUCAAGCUGCGUUACGACAUUAUGGAAUUGGUGCGUUUGCUGAAACCAUACUUUAUAAGCUUCUGCACCAAGAAUAGCGAACUCGUCGUGCAGACGCUAGCGAUGAUAAACAAUGCAAACAAUCUGUUGGAGAUGCAUAAUAAAAUCGAGGAGGAGCUGGAACGGAGUGUGGCAUUAUUUAUGAACAAAAUCAAUGAGAUCACAAAUAUUUCACUGACACGCCGAAGUGUGGGCCGCGAUGUCGUGAAGAACUAUUUCGAAUUGGAAACCCUGGCUUAUAUAGUGCGUGAUCCCAUUGAGCAGCGUUAUCAUAUGAAUUACUUGAUCAACAGAGCCGCUGAAUGGCAGGAUUACACGGACAAGAAGGAGAAUGAUAUAAAACAAGAACUGGAAGACAUCAACCGGAAGCAUAGUGUUGAACUGUAUUGCAACGCCUCGAUGAUGCAGUGCAUAUAUGGCAUAAUACAGGACUAUAAAACUCGCAUCGAAACCCUGACCGUGGAAUAUGAUCGCCGCAUGAGUGAGCUACAAGAUAAAAACACAAAACUCAAGGUUGGCUUGGAUAAUAUGAAGAUGCAAAAAGAGUUUCUGAUGGGAGAAAUGGAGUACAUGAGUGCGAAAGUUAGAGAAAUUGUGUCGGGUGGUGGUCCGGUUGAGCGAGUGAAACGUACCAAACCUAAACGAUCGCACGCAUCGGUUGUUUCGCAAUUAUCCCAGGCAUCCCGCUCCUCAAAUAGGUUACGUCAGUCCAAGUUGAAACAAGCAAAGUAAAGUUAAACGAAUACCUACUUAUUCGGUAUAAGUACGUCUAUGCCGUGUGUAAAUUGUACUAG